UUUCUGGACCUCUCUGUAAUGUGUGUGCAUCGCUUUUAUUCUGCCAGGCUAGUCAUAUCAAACUCUCUUUGAUCUGAUAAUAAAUAUGAUAGGUAACUAAUCAGAAGACCCUUUUGUGGAGGAGAAUCCGGCCAUCUCGCUACGUAUCCGGCGCUCAUCUCAUUGGCCACCCUGCUCGUGAGACCACUUGAUCCAUCUCCUGCUGCUCACUUCUUUAUAAACCAACUCACUGCCCUCCCACACCUUUUCGCAAGUCUGGUCAGAUUUCUUUCUUUGCUUCUGCUGCUUCUACCUUUCUACUACCUCUCUACCUUGCAUCUUCGUCUGCAGAUUCCUCAUCUUUCGUCUACUUCCAAGUCUACCUUCUCUCUGCAGACAUGGCACCACAUGCUGAACUGCCAGACACGCCUCCAAAUGGACAGACCGGCUAUCUUCCAAGGGAACACACCGAAGCAGUGAAGCCAAACAUUCUCUUCAUCAUGGGCGACCAGAUGUCUGCGCCAAUGCUCAAGAUCCAUGAUCCUAGCUCCGUCAUUCAGACGCCAAAUAUCGACAGGCUUGCAGAGACGGGUGUGGUAUUCAAUAAUGCUUAUUGCAAUUCUCCCUUGUGUGGUCCCUCGAGAUUCUCUCUGGUUUCGGGGCAAUUGCCCUCCAAGAUUGGAGCUUACGACAACGCUUCCCACCUGGGCUCAGAUAUCCCGACCUUUGCACACUUCCUGCGCGAAGAGGGCUACGAGACGGUGCUGGCCGGGAAGAUGCACUUCAUCGGAGCUGACCAAUUGCACGGAUAUGAAUCGCGCCUCACUCCAGAUAUCUAUCCAGGCGACUUUGGAUGGGCCGUCAACUGGGACAAGCCCAAAGAACGGCAAGAAUGGUAUCAUAACAUGUCCUCUGUCUUCCAGGCCGGACCUUGUGUGCGUUCAAACCAAUUGGACUUUGACGAGGAAGUCAUGUACAAGAGCUCUCAAUGGUUGUACAAUCACGUACGAGAUGGCGAUGAUAAGAGGCCUUUCUUCUUGACCGUGUCGCUUACCCAUCCUCAUGACCCCUACGCUACUACGGACGAUCUGUACAAUCAGUACGAAGGCGUUGACAUUCCGCUUCCCAAGGUCGACAUUCCGCAAAGCGAGCAGGAUCCCCACUCUAAGCGCAUCCUGGAGUGCAUUGAUGCAUGGGGCAAGGACGUAGACCCAGAGAUUAUCAAACGUGCUCGCCGUGCCUACUUUGGAUCAUGCACGUAUGUUGACAACCAAGUCGGAAAGCUCGUGAAGAUUCUGAAGGAUUGUCGCUUGGAUCAGAACACCAUCAUCGUCUUUUCCGGUGACCAUGGAGACAUGCUUGGUGAGCGAGGACUAUGGUACAAGAUGUCGUGGUUCGAGAAUAGCGCCAGAGUUCCACUUAUUGUCAACUAUCCGCCACUGUUCUCGCCUCGCCGUGUCAACGAGUCCGUCUCCACACUCGAUCUCCCGCUGACCUUUUUGGACAUGGUAGGUGGUAAGCUUUCCGAAGUGCACAAUGUCGACGGCCAGUCAUUCUAUCCAGCACUGCUCGGACAGCCGGUGAGAGAUGAGGUCAUCGGAGAGUACAUGGGUGAGGGUACCAUAUCACCCGUCAUGAUGAUUCGCCGGGGUCCGUGGAAGUAUGUCAUAUGCGAGGACGAUCCGGAGCAGCUAUACAACCUCAAAGAAGAUCCACUGGAACUGAAGAAUCUGGUCGAGGACGCAGACUUCAAAGAAAUUGCUGCAGAGUUCGCUAGAGAGGCCAAAGAUCGAUGGAACCUGCAGCAGAUCAAACAGCAGGCCCUAACAUCCCAGCGCCAACGCCGCCUCUGCUUCAAAGCUCUCAAGAAGGGCACGUUUGAAUCUUGGGACUAUGUGCCCAAGGAGAACGUUACGGGAAAAUACAUUCGCUCAUUCCUACCUCUUGAUGACCUCGAGCUUCGCGCUCGCUACCCGCCAGUUGAUGAGCUUGGCCGCGUCAAGCUCACUACUCAUCCUCAUGGCCUCGCAGCAGCGAAGGGCCAGUGAAGUGUAUGAACGCAUGGCGAGACGAAUUCUCUUUACGUCUGGGAGGUGUCAUUUUGAGAUCAAAUUUGCAUUACCCAUUUAGCGCGUGCAUUCAGAUGCGUCGGAAAAAGCUAUGGGUUGUCUAGCAUCUUAUUUAUGGAUUUUUGGCGAGGUGUUGGCGGCGUUGGCGUUCGCGGCGUAGCACAAUUUGAUUGCGCCCAGAAUGCUCCGAGACAGGAGCCGACUUGAAUGCAUCGGGUGUACACAUAAUAGCAUUGAGAACCUUGUAGGCAGAAAUCGUAACAUAUUAUAAAUAAUAAACAACAGUUGUAGUC